AUGGUGCCUUUGAUAACUUUCCUGUACGCCUUUCUGAGCAUCCUAAUCACUUUCGCAAAUGCGUUUGUGAUAUCUGCCGUCUACUCAACGCGUGCACUUCGAAGGAUUACAAAUUAUUCCCUGGUUUCGUUGGCCAUCGCUGAUCUUGUUGUUGGUAUGAUUGUACUUCCUGUAAGGAUAUGCGAAGCACAAGACUUUCGCAAGUCGCAAAAUUUUAGUUGGUGCCAAUUUUCACUGAGUCUUACAUUGCUCAGUUUGUCUGCUUCUGUUUUGAAUCUUUUAAUUGUUACUGUAGAGCGUUACUUUGCUAUAAUUUUGCCUCUUUCGUACUCGAGUAAAGUUACUGCUCGGCGAAAUUUUUAUGCAAUAAUUCUCGUCUGGUUUGUUGCAAUGUUUACCUCGUUCUUGCCGUUCGUUACUCUGAGGAACAUGACAGCUAAAGAGCGUGGCCGAGAACACAAGAUUUGCCGAUUUGCAGACACGAUGAGCCCAGAAUAUUUGACAUUUUUUUCAGCUGCCAUUGUUUUAAUUCCAACUUUGUUCAUCUCCGCCGCCUACUUGAAAAUUUACCGUGCAGCAGUCAAGCUGAGAGGAAGACUGAAAGCUUUACAAGUGCAGCGGGAUGGAAAUCAUAAUAUUGCAAAGGCGUUAAAGGAAUCUAAGGCUGCUAGAACGGUUGGGAUUGUGGUAGGAGUAUUUUAUCUGUGCUGGAUUCCUUUCAUGGUAGCAGUCAUUUUGAGCGCUUUCGUCAAAAAUUUGAUCACCCCAGUCGUAGUUCUGGUCAUCUCUGUUCUUAUCUAUAGCAAUUCCGCCAUUAACCCAGUCCUCUACGGUUAUUUGAAUCGCGACUUCCGGUUGGCUUACAAAAGAAUGUUUUCGAGAAUUUCCUUACCAAGCGCAUGCGCAAGAGUCCAUCCUCGCGAAAGAAGAAGAUGUUAUGAGUUACCAGAGUUAUCUACGAGUUCUCAGCCUGGUCAAGGGCUAUAUAUCAGUGACAGUGCGUUGUGA